AUGACAUUGACCAGCAAUGAAAAGCGUGCGCAGCGAAGACAGGAGUGCCGGGAUGCGUUGGUGGCUCAUAUCUAUGAACGACGGGAGCUCAAAGUUCCCCCGAAUCUGGUUCGCCUGCAGCCCUGCCCCAAAGACGGCUAUGUAUGGUCCGCCGCGGAAGGAUUCGAGCAUCUAUUGGCAACAAACUUGAGCAGCGGAUCGGUCGGUGUAUACGACAACAUCAUCGCCAGCCUGGGCCGUUCCCUCGAGGCCGUCGAUCCGAGGUCUCUGAUGCCAGACUGUACAGACUCGGACUCUGAUCAAGCCACAAAGGCACUCCCUUCCCCGAACCCGGUUCCGCAGACCGAAGACGGAUCAUUCACUGCCACCAUCAGACGCCUAGAAUGUGAGAACAAGAAGCUCGCCGAUGAGCUCGAUCGUGGCAAAUCCCACUCCGAUGCGUUGCUGGAAAAGGUCGAGGAAUGGGAGACGUGGGCGCAGGUCAUGGAAGAGCAGCUCACAGAGAGCCAAAGCCUGGUGAAUCAGCUAGACGAAGAGUUGCGACACGUGCAGGAUGGAAUGGCCGAAGCGGUGAGGCUGCUGCAGAGUUUCCGCCAGGACACGCAGUCAUGCUACAGUGAAAGUGAAGACCCAUUUCGGGACGAAACGCGGUCGCCGAGUCUGGCACAAUAA